AACAAGAAUUGAAAUAGUAGGUUAUGUACUACAUGCUGGCCCUGACAUUCCAAACAGUUGAAGGGGUAAUGGUGACUGAGAAAUGGAAGGAUAGUGCACUGCACUCACAGCAAUCCAGCUAUGUUUGUGCCAACAGGAGAAACUUCCACUUACUGUGCUAAUUUUAGCUCCCUGGAUAAUCAAGCCUUUCUCCCUCCAUGAGUCGCUGAUGAUGCUGAAACAAAGGACUGAAUGUCCCUCUCUGUAAAGCACUAUGUGGGAAAACAUAUCUAGUGACUAAGAAGUUCAUGGUUAUUUUUUAUACCAAUUUGAUGAAUGAUUUUUGAUAAUCAAUUAUGAUCUUUAUCUUUUAGUUUGUUUCCUUAGUAACACAACUUUUCCUCUUAGUCGAUACUCAACAUUCACUGGCUACUAUUUCCCCUGCUUUCUUGAAUUAUGUUUGGUAUUAGGCCGAAGUAACUGUCUCUAUCGCUCACCCACUUCGACUCACAGUCCACUGAUGAGCUUUGGGGCCAGUUUUGUCAGCUUCCUGAAUGCCAUGAUGACCUUUGAGGAGGAGAAGAUGCAGACGGCGUGUGACGACCUGAGAACCACGGAGAAGCUGUGUGAGAGUGACAAUGCUGGCGUCAUAGAGACAAUCAGGAACAAAAUCAAGAAGAGCUUGGAGUCCCAGAGGUCAGCGGUCGUGGUUGUGGACCGUCUGCAACGACAGAUCAUUGUGGCCGACUGCCAGGUCUACCUCGCUGUGCUUUCCUUCGUCAAGCAGGAGCUCUCAUCGUACAUCAAAGGAGGCUGGAUCCUCCGUAAGGCCUGGAAGAUGUACAAUAAGUGCCACAGUGACAUCAGUCAGCUGCAGGAGACCUGUGUGAGGCGCUGUUCUUCCCAUGAGGAGGAUCUGUCCUCAGACCAGGCCAAUCACAACUCCCCAGUGGAGGGCACUGUGACUGAAGAGGCCCUGACCCGGCUCAAGGGCUCCGUCAGCUUCGGCUACGGCCUCUUUCACCUCUGCAUCUCUAUGGUACCACCACACCUACUCAAGAUCAUCAACCUGCUGGGUUUCCCUGGUGACCGUCUCCAGGGUUUGUCCUCCCUCAUGUAUGCCAGUGAGAGUAAGGACAUGAAGGCCCCACUAGCUACGUUGGCCCUCCUGUGGUAUCACACAGUAGUGCUGCCCUUUUUUGCACUGGAUGGUUCUGACACUCAGGCAGGCCUGGAGGAAGCCAAGGCCAUUCUGCAGAGGAAGGCUGUGGUCUACCCCAAUUCCUCCCUCUUCAUGUUCUUUAAAGGACGUGUUCAGAGGUUAGAGUGCCAAAUUAACAGUGCGCUGGUGUCCUUCCAUGAUGCACUAGAGCUGGCAUCAGACCAAAGAGAGAUCCAGCACGUGUGUCUCUAUGAAAUUGGCUGGUGCAGUAUGAUAGAGAUGAACUUUGAGGAUGCAUUCAGGUCAUUUGAGAGGCUGAAGAAUGAGUCCCGGUGGUCACAGUGUUACUAUGCCUACCUGACUGGAGUAUGUCAGGGAGCUGCAGGGGACUUGGAUGGUGCCAAGUGUGUCUUCAAAGAUGUCCAGAAACUGUUCAAGAGGAAGAACAACCAGAUUGAGCAGUUUGCCCUCAAGAGGGCGGAGAGACUGAGGAAGAUGUCUCCCACCAGAGAGCUGUGCAUUCUGGGAGUCAUAGAGGUGCUGUACCUGUGGAAGGCUCUGCCCAACUGCUCCUCCUCCAAACUGCAGCUCAUGAAUCAGGUGUUACAGAGUGUGGAUGACGCAUCGUGCAGGGGUCUGAAAAACCUCCUUCUUGGUUCCAUUCACAAAUGCCAUGGAAAUAAUAAAGAUGCUAUCCAGUCGUUCCAGCUGGCAGCCAGAGAUGAGUUUGGUCGACAGACCAACUCUUAUGUGCAGCCAUACUCCUGCUAUGAGCUUGGAUGUGUCUUGCUUGCCAAGCCAGAGACGGUGGGAAAAGGGAGAGCUUUUCUGCUUCAGUCAAAGGAGGAUUAUGCAGGCUAUGACUUUGAGAACAGACUUCAUGUGCGCAUCCACUCAGCCAUGGCCUCGCUGAAGGAAGUGGUACCUCAAAGACCCGCCGACCACUGAUGUAAUGAUAACUCAGCCUCCAGCUGUGCAUUUGAUGAUACGGGAAGCAUGGCUUUUACUAUACAUUGAAAGCCAUUCAAAACCACAGUAUGUCAGUCUCAUCAGACACAUUUUUAUUUUCUUAUACACACAUCCAAGUACAAUAAACCAACAAUUUCAUAGUCAAUACCAAUCUAGUGUAUUUGGGGGGUUUUAGCCUUGCAACCCCUCCUUCCAUUCUGUGGACCAUAGGAUACAAGUAACUUCUUGAAGAGGCACACCUUAUUCCCAUUUCAGGUUUUCUUGACCAUAGGUAGUAAUAGUACAGUUAACAGUAGGAAACAUUGUCAACAAACAUUUUCAUCAAUAGAUAAUUUUUCUGCAAUGAGAAAGUGUUAUAGUGAAGUCAGUGACAACAACCCUAAAAAUGAUUGAAUAAGAACUUAGUGGCCUGCUACCUUGUGGUAUUGUAUCACGUAGCGUGCCAUGGAACGCAUACCAUUUUAAGCAGUAAAAACGGUUCAUUCUGGAGUUUUUCUGACAUUCACAUUAUAGCUUACAAGUAAUAUGCACAGCCAAAUGUAUUGUGACAUUUUAGCACAAUUUUAGUCCAAACAAUGUUAUAGAUUAACAUGAUUUAUUUUAGUUUCUAAGCAGUGGGCAUUGAUCUGCACACUAUGCAUACGAUUGCAGGGGUAUUAGUAACCCAGGGACCUGAACGCUUCUUUUCUACAGCUGUGUACUAUAAAUUAUAAUGUUUUUUUUCCAUGAGAUACUUUGGAUGACAACACCCUUAUCAGGACACAGAACACAUUUAUAUUCAUAUUUACUCUGGUUUUUAAACAAAAUGCAACAAGGUCCUAUUAACUACAGGCAUUGUAAUAACCACGAUAGGAUUUAAGUUAUUCAAAUUGGACAUUCAAGUUUGAUAUUCUGUCAUUUUAGUGUGAUCAGGCUUUUCUAUCAUCAGGCCACACUGAUGACGAGUGAACCAUUCAAGACAGUCUAAAACUAAAUUGAAAGUGCAGGGUAUUGUAUCACUCUUUUUAUAAUCACUCUGAGGUGCAAUAAAAGGCAAAGCAAUAAAAAGCAAAAAGUCUGCUCAUUUUACACUGGAAGUUUCAUUAGCUAUUUCAAGUCCCACUUUACAAAUAAACAAAUUAUAAAGGCUUAGCACAAGCACUACACAGCACAAAUAAUUUAUUAGCAAAUUCAUACUAUAUGAGAGGUGAUAUAAACUGUCUUUACUUCAUACUACAUGAAGGGUGAUAUAAACUCUUUAAUUCAUACUAUACUGAACAAAAUUAUAAACGCAAUAUGUAAAGUGUUGGUCCCAUUUUUCAUGAGCUGAAAUAAAAGAUCCCAGAAA